AUGAGUACCUGGCAACCAACCGAACAAGGUCUUUCUGACCUUUUGCAGCUUUUGCGUGAAGCUAUCAAUCCUACGGAUGGACAAAAUGUCCAGGAAAGACUUGAAUACUUCAACAAAAUUCCGGAUUACAACUCGUAUCUUGCCUAUAUUCUGACUCGCAUGCCGCAAGAAGAUCAGUAUCUUCGCUCGGUGGCCGGUUUGACGCUCAAGAACAACAUUCGAGCAUACUAUCCUACCAUUCCCGCUCCCGUCAUGGACUAUGUCAAGGAAAGUUGCUUGCAAAAUGUUGGAGACCCCGAAAUCGGUAAAGCCAUCAGUCUUGUUAUCGCAGCCAUCGUCUUGCGCGGUCAAGUCCACAAUUGGCCUCAAGCCCUCCAAGUCUUGAUGGAAAAGUUGGAUUCGUCUGACCCCGUCACGGUAGAGAAUGCUUUCAGCACAUUACAACGCAUCUGUGAAGAUUGCUCUCAUGAUUUGGAUAGCACCAUCGGUGGUGUUCAACCUUUAGAAUUCAUGAUCCCCAAAUUUAUUACGUUUUUCGAUCAUCCCAGUUACAAGCUUCGUUUGCAUGCCAUUGCAUCUAUUACGCAUUUUAUCUCUUUGCGAUCUCAACCAUUAAUGAACCGAAUGAACGACUACUUGGCCGCUCUUUUCAAUCGCGCCACCGACGAUAGCGUGGAAGUCCGUAAAGCCGUAUGCCAGGCGCUCGUUGGUCUUUUGGAAACCUGUCCUACGGCCUUGUUGCCGCACAUGCCCAAUCUGGUCGAAUACAUGCUCUACUGCACUCAAUCGGAUGAUCCCGAUUUAGCCUUGGAAGCUUGCGAAUUCUGGCUCGUGUUUGCCGAACAGGAUGAGUUGCGUGAACAUCUUCGUCCGUACUUGGCCAAGGUCAUUCCCGUCUUAUUGAAAGGAAUGGUGUAUUCCGAAGUCGAUCUGUUAACUCUCGGCGGCGACGAGGAUGAUGCUCACAUUGCCGACAACGAACAAGACAUCAAACCCCGUUUCCACAAGGCCAAUGUUGUCGAAGCAGGUCACAUCAAGGAUGAUGUCAGCGAGGAUAAGAAGAAGAGCAGCGGUCUUUUGGCCGAUGAUGAUGAAGAGGACGACGACGAGGAUGACGAGGAUGAUUUUGAUUUUGAUGACGAUGAGUUUUACGGUGAAUGGAAUCUGAGAAAGUGCAGUGCGGCCGCUUUGGAUGUCCUGUGUACAUCGUUUGAAGGCGAAGGCAUUCGUAUCCUGAUGCCCUUGCUCAAGACUGAAUUGGAAAGUGGCGACUGGCUCCACCGAGAAUGCGGUAUUCUUGCUUUGGGCGCUGCCGCUGAAGGUGGUAUGCAAGACAUUGCCCCCUUUUUGCCCGAGCUCGUUCCUUAUUUAUUGAAGAACCUCAACGAUCUCAAGCCUUUGGUUCGAUCCAUUACUUGCUGGACACUGGGUCGUUAUUCUUCGUGGAUUGUUCAGAUGGCGCGUCAGAGUCCCGAGGCGCGCAAGCAUUACUUUGAACCUCUUGUUCAAUUGUUAUUGCAGCGUAUCAUGGAUAACAAUAAGCGUGUGCAAGAAGCGGCCUGCUCAUCGUUUUCCUUGCUCGAGGAAGAAGGCACAGUAGAAUUAGUGCCCUAUUUGCAGCCCAUCCUUGUCACGUUAUCGGCUGCUUUCGAAAAGUACCAACAACGCAAUCUGUUGUUGCUCUACGACACCCUGGGGACAUUAGCUGAAGUUGUCGGCGAAGCCUUGAAUAAUCCCCCCUAUAUUGAACUCAUUAUGCCCCCGCUUAUCAAGAAAUGGCAAAAGAUCACCGAUGACAACACAGAUCUGUUCCCGCUCCUUGAGUGUCUUUCAUCGAUUUGUACGGCUUUGGGUAAAGGAUUCAAGCCUUUUGCUGAACCUGUGUAUCAGCGAUGUGUGAACUUGGUGUGCAAGACCCUUGAAGAAUGUCAAAUGACAGCCAUGGAUCCUACCCUGGACGAACCUGAUAAAGAUUUCAUGAUUGUCUCCUUGGACUUGUUGUCUGGCAUUGUCCAGGCUUUGAAUACCGAUGCCGAGCCCCUGGUCGCUAAUACCAAUCCUCCUGUGGUCCAAUUCUUAUCCAUUUGUAUUCAGGAUGAGGUUGCUGAAGUUCGACAAUCGGCUUAUGCGUUAUUGGGUGAUUUGGCCAUUUCUUGCUUUGAGCAUAUUCGUGCCGUGGUUCCCCAGUUCAUGCCUCAUGUUCUGCAUCAAAUUGAUCCUCAAGCUGAACAUUUGUCAGUAUGCAAUAACGCCGCUUGGGCUGCUGGUGAAAUCGCUAUCAAGUGGGGUGCGGAGAUUCAGCCUUAUGUCGAGCCAAUGUUGCAACGUUUGUUCCCACUGAUUGUCAAUCCUCAGAUCCAACGCACUUUGUUGGAAAACGUGGCCAUCACGAUUGGUCGUUUGGGUUUGACCUGUCCUAAUAUCGUCGCUCCUCAUCUGGAAAUGUUUAUUCAGCCCUGGCUUGCGGCAUUAACUCCCAUUCGUGAUAAUGACGAAAAGGCUUCUGCAUUCUCGGGUUUAUGCGAAAUGAUCAAGGCAAAUCCUCAGGGUGCUGUCAAGGAAUUUUUGGGGAUCUGUAUAGCUAUUGCACAUUACCAAGCGGUUCCUCAGGAAUUGCAUACAUCAUUUGGCAACAUUCUCAUGGGUUACAAGAACAUGUUUGGUGAGCAACAAUGGCAGCAGGCGCUGGCUAGUCUGCCACAAGAGAUCAGAGCGUCUUUGCAUGAACGUUAUGGUAUCUAA